CCCUCCCCUCCUUCUCUCCUCUCUCCUAGCAUCAUAUUGUCCUCCCUCCUUCUCCCUGAGUCAUUGUGGAGCUCCGCCGGUCCUCCUUCAGGUUCCGGUCCUCCUUCAGGCUCCUUCAGGUCUCAUGAACACGUUCGACGGCCGUUUGAAAUGACCGAAGUGGCCCCGAGCUGCGCCGACAUGACAGCGCUGGCUCCUCCCCCCGAGCCGAUGGUCACCAGUAGGAACGCGUCUCCUGCUCGAUCCCCGUCCAAUCACAGCGGCCCGCCAGAGAUGCAGGAGGCGCUGCGUGAUAAGGACCGCCGUGCGCAGCAGCAGCUGGAUCGCUCUGCCGAGGAGCGAGGGAGGAAGAUGGAGGUGCAGAAGAGGAAGGAGCAGCAGCGACGGGCGGCUGCCGGGGAAAAGAGACGGCAGCAGAAGGAGGCUGAGAAGGAGAGGCUGGAGGCCCUGGUCCGCCGGAGAGCCGCGGGCCCCGAGAGACGAGGAGCAGGAGGAGGAGGAGGAGGAGGAGACCACCUGGAUAACAGGCCCAAACGCUGGACAUGGGGAGGACCGCCUGACGGAGUGGAGGGUAACCCUAAGGCCCCGCCCUGCCCUGCCAUUGGCUCCGCUCAGCCCAAUGAGCUUCCUGCUGCUUCCAGCGCCAGACAAACCCGUCACGUCAGUGACUUCCUGUCUACUCCUGCGAUGGAUCAGCCAAUCAACAAGCAGCUCUCCAACUCCUCCGCUGCCCUCCAUUCACCUGAGAGAGUGUCUUUUGUGUCCCAUCGAACAGCGUCCCCCAACAACCACAGACCGAACAGAAGUUCCUCCAACCGCAGGAGCAUCGCUGGAUUCCCUGAUGAGACGUCCAGAGCCAAAACACCCACGGGGGAGAAUCCCAACGCACCGGCCCGCAGUUCAUCCUUCCGGGCCAACAGCAAGGGCCCCGCCACGCCCAAACGGGUGAGGUCGAACAGGAGUCGCGCCCAGUCGCCCUGCUCCCCCGGUGGCCAGUACCCCCCCUCCCCGCUGAGGCAGAGGGCCACGACCCCCGGCACCGACGACAGGGGUCACCCCGAGGUCAAAGGUCACAGCACCCUGGAGAGGAAAUCCACCAAAUCUGAGACCUCGGAGAGAAAGAUCCCCAAAUCCACCAGCAGAGAACUGAACGCAGAGUCUCCCAGCACGCCCUCCGGUCGGAGCGUUGGCGGGACGACGGACGCUGAGGAGGCGUCCAGACUGCUGGCCGAGAGACGCCGUCUGGCCCGGAUACAGAAGGAGCAGGAGGAGAGGCAGCGGGUGGAGGAGGAGAGGCUGAGGGCCGAGGAGGAGCAGAGGAGGCAGCAGGAGGCCAAGGAGAGGCAGGAGAGAGCUGCGCUGCAGGCCGAGGAGGAGAAGGUGAGGAGGGAGGAGGAGAGGAGGAGCAGAGAGGAUGAGGAGAGACGGCAGAAGGAGCAGCGCUGGAAGGACAUGCAGGACCAGCUGGACAGAGAGAGGGAGGAGGCCGUGCUGAGAGCCCAUCGGGAGGCGGAGAGGAAGCGGCAGGAGAGAGAGCUGCUGCACCUCCAGGAGGAGCAGGAGCGGCUGCAGAGGAAGAAGAGGAUCGAGGAGAUCAUGAAGAGGACACGCAAGAGCGAAGCGGAGCCGAUGUCCGGCGCUGCAGCCGACUCGAUGCCGGAGGCGGCGGUCGCCCCGGAGGACGAGGUCCCCCAAGAGGACGAGGUCCCCACACAGAACCAGGUCCCGACUCCGGCCCCCAUCACCCUGCUGGGGCCCCUGGGGACCAAGAGCUUCCUGGACGAGCUGUCGGACGGAGUCCAGUCGAUGGAUGUCAGUUCUCCAUCUGUGUCCGUCAGCCCGGUGUCCCGUGACGAGCAGCCCAGCGCUCAUGAGUUCUCGCCGCUCGCCGAGGGGCCCGACUGUCCCCUGGAGCAGCUGCUGGAGCUGGAGGCCCAGGGCCGCUCGGCCGCGUACCCCCGGCUGCAGGUCGGCAGCGGGGUGGGGGACCUCAACAAGAACCUGCUGAUCCAGGCCUACAGCGCGGCCUCCGAGUCCUCCCAGAUCCUCCACAGCAUCGGGCCCAAUAAGCUGGACGUCCAGUAGCAGGAGCCGGCCGGUUUCCAUAGCAACGGGACGAGCGGAGCAAGAAGCAUCAACAUUUCCACGAGGAACAAAAGUUCCUCAUCCGUCCUGACGCUGUGAGGCAGUGCACACGGGACAACAACAACAACACUACAUAAACACACUGUAAACAACAACAGCUAGUAUUAAGGAAUAGAUUAUUUAUGUUACAGGUGAUUAAAAUAUACAAGAUCAAUGUUCACGCCAACCAUCCAAUAGAAAGCACCAGACACUCCUCUUAUCCUUGUUUCACUUCCUGUCGGAUCUUUAUUUCACUUCCUGUUGAAUCUUUAUUUCACUUCCUGCUGGAUCUUUAUUUCACUUCCUGCUGGAUCUUUAUUUCACUUCCUGUUGGAUCUUUAUUUCACUUCCUGUUUAAUCUUUAUUUCACUUCCUGUGGAAUCUUUAUUUUACUUCCUGCUGGAUCUUUAUUUCACUUCCUGUUGAAUCUUUAUUUCACUUCCUGUGGAAUCUUUAUUUUACUUCCUGCUGAAUCUUUAUUUCACUUUCUGUUGGAUCUUUAUUUCACUUCCUGUUGAGUCUUUAUUUCACUUCCUGUUGAAUCUUAUUUCACUUCCUGUUGGAUCUUUAUUUCCCGGCUGCACUGCCCCCAAACUGCAACUAUCAAAGUGUCGCCCGCUUUUAAUCUCUCUCAUCGCGCUCUUUGUAAAGCUGUAAAUAUCUGAGUCAGGGGAGAGUUCAUCCGGAGGGGAAGCCGAUGUUACUGGUUGUACCUGAACACACCAUCUGGGAGUCUCUCCUGUGUGUGUUCACCUCCUGCUUAACGACAAAAGAAAAGAAAACAUCACGAGACAUAAACACCGAGUUUCUUUCUCCUGUCGAUCAGCAACGUGUACUUGUACCUGCGCCCCCCCCCCCCCCCACAGCUAGAAUAUACCUCACCUGGUCAGAGCCUCCACCUCUCACCACCCCUGAGGCCUCGGCCCUCUGAGAUGCAUGUGACACUUAAAAAGACACAUUUAUGAUUUAUGUUUUGGGGAAAAUAACACUAUUAAAAUAUACAGACGUAUUUAAUUGUGAGUCCCUCCUCACAUUGUGGUCCGGUGUCAUUCUGGUGAGGAAUACACUCUUCUUCUUCUUCUUCUUCUUCUUCUGGGCUGUCAACAAGAUACGUGUGAGUCGGCCUCUUGGAAUCCCAACGGCUUGAUGACAUCAUCGGUCAGACACGCCCCCUCCUGGUGAAGACGUUGCUUUAGUGCUUUUAAAAUGAACUUCAUCUCCUUGUUCUCUUCUUCGUGUCUUUAUAGGUAAACAUGACUGAAGAUGUGAACCCCCCCCCCUCCUCUUGUAUAUGAAGUAAAACACAAAAUAAAUAUGGCCGCGGUGUUCAUCGAUAUGAUUUCCCGCAGCUUGGUGGAAUAUGUCAUUGUAGACGUGGUGCAUGGAACCCGAGACGUCGUGGAGCCAUUCGUGGUGGUGAGAUAAGUAGAUACUCGUAUACAUAUAUAUAAACAUGGCCGCCGGACGCUUUGGGCAACAGGAAGUAGUAAACAAACCUGUGUGCGAUGUUAACCUUCACGAGACGUGUCGCGUCGAGCUUCAAGCAGACUCUUUAUCAUAUUAUCUCACUGUGUUGACGCUGCACUGGAAUAAAACUCAUCUGCAAAAGACGGA